AAGAAGGGAUCCUCCCCAACAGCCCUUGUUUGGAAAUGUUUCAUUUAGUCAGAUCCCAAGUCUCAGAGUCAGGAGGACGAGAAGUCUAGAAAGAUCUGCAGAGAGUUUGUUUCUGGCUGGUCAGUGAAUUAGAGACUCUGCUUCAAGGAAGAAGGUUGGACUGAGGAGAGCUGUGAUUUAACCCUGAGCAUCCCAGCGAGCCAUGGCCCAAGCCAAGAUCCAAGCCAGAGCCAUGGAGGGGCUGAACAGUGGCAAGUUCUGUCGAUCUCUGUCUAUGGCAGCACGUUCUACCCACCUGCUGGAGACCUUAGAUGAGCUAGAAAUCAGAGUCCAAGAGUUACGUGAUGCAGCAGCAUCUUUGGAGAUAGAGAAAGAAAGUCUAAUAGAAACGAUCCACAGUGUUCAGAACAGCCAGGAUAUGAGGAACAUCAGUGAUGGUGAGAGAGAAGAGCUGACAAUAACAGCAGAUAGACUAAUGAAUCGCACACUCACUGUGGAGGUCUCCUUAGAAAUUAUCCGAAACCCACAGCAAGCCACUGCCCUCCAGCAUGCCACUGCAGUCAUUGAUGAAAUUGCAAAGAAAGUGAUAGACAACCUGGAGACUGGCAGGAAACAACUGAUCUCCCUAUAUGGGGCUUGUACCUCAGAUAUCAACCAAGGGCCAAUUGAUCAGAAGUUUCAGUCCAUCAUCAUUGGAUGUGCACUAGAGGAUCAGAAGAAAAUAAAAAGGAGACUGGAAAUGCUAAUCAGGAACAUAGACCAUUCAGAGAAGUCCAUCACCCUUUUAGAUCAACAGAAGCAGAAGAAACAUUGAAUCGUGGUAGUACUAGCUAUACAUGUAGAAUGUCUGCUGACUCACAGGCUUCCAUAUUAGCACAUUAUUCACAAAACAGUCAGGAAAGGAAUACUUAAAACAACUAUACACAUGCAGAUAGCUUGCAUAACAAAAAAGUGAUCUGUAUAAUGUAGUUACAGAGUUUCUAUAACAAAAUAGUGCUUAGAAGGAACGCUGCUGACCAAUACACUGUGCAUUUAUUUCAUUCUUUUCAUUUUACAGAAUGUAUUGAAUGUUACUGUACCAUAUUUAUAUGCUUGUGUUUUACCAUCGUUAGAAUGUGCUGCUUGUAAUAUGUUCAAUUUAGUACACCAGUAGCCUUCACAAAUUAGUAUUAGUUGGUUCCUUUGAGGAAGACCAUAUCCAUAUCAGAUUUUCUAAAUGGUUAAAAGGGGGAGAUAUUUCAGUAAGGUGAAAAACAUCUGUAGGAUCAGACUUAGUCGGAGACUUUAAUGUCAUCUUCCAUUGCAACAUGAUAAAUUAACUCCUUAACUACUAAUUAAUAAGAAUUUCCUUGGGCAGAGGUCUCAGAUGCGUUGGCUAUGGAGAGAUGAAUUUAAUACGUAAUACCUCAUCUCCUAUCUCUCUUUAUUCUAAUUGAAUGUACCAGUCAUUUUCAUUAACUGUUUUAUACAGGGCCAGUUGAAGACCAGCUACUUGCACUCUGCACACAUAAAAACAAAAUUGCCAACUUUGUGUGUCUGUUUCUUCCCCCAGCCCCUUUGUGUGUCUCUUUCUCACUCAGCCCUUUUGUGUGUCUUUUUUUCCCUGUUCCCCUCUAAGGGCCUCUUUGUCCCCACCCCAGCCCCUCUGUGUGUCUCUUUGUCCCCCUCCAGCCCCUCUGUGUGUCUUUUUGUCUUUCAAGCCCCUCUUUGUGUCUCUUUUCCCCUGAACCUUUGUCUUACUAGCCCCUCUUUGUGUCUCUUUGUCCCCCCCAGCCCUCUGUGUCUUUGUCCCCCCCAAGCCCCUUAGUGCGUCUCUUUGCUCCUCUAGCCCCUCUGUCCAUCUCUUUGUCCUCCCCAGCCCCUCAGUGCAUCUCUUUGCUUCUCUAGCCCAUCUGUUCAUCUCUUUGUCCUCCCCAGCCUCUCUGUGUGUCUCUUUGUACCCCCAACCUUUCUGUGUGCCUCUUUUUCCCCCCAUCAGUCCACUGUGCGCCUAUUUGCCCCCC